AUGCAGCAGCUCACUUCGCUCGACGCAAAGCCAGACCAAAAUAUUCUGACGAAGGAUGAACGGAUGCAGCAUUAUAUUUGUAUAUUGAAUGAAAUGGGCGAUGUUCUUCUCGGAAAAGGCGCGGUAGCUGCAGCAACUGAUAUCUUCUUCCACAUUCUUGACAGCCAAAGAGGAGUCGUAGCACGUAGUUUGCUGGAGGAUGUUAUUGCUAUCUAUACUGAACGGUGGGGCCGCCGCCACCCAGACACCAUGCGCGCGGUGGACGAGCUAGCUUUGGUAUUCAUGGAAGAAGGCGAGCACAAAUUGGCUAUAGGUGCAUGUGCAGCUAUGGAAGUUCAGAGUGUGGAACACCUUUUGAAAGAAGUCUUAGAUUUCUAUGGAAACACCUACGGAAAUCAUUUUGAUAUGGCAGGCCGUAUCAAAGCCGAUUUACAGUGCUUGUAUAGUUCGAAGCUUGGGCUUAGGCAAGCUUGA